GAGGCUCUGCCAGGCCCCCCGCUCUCCUGUACUCAUCACCGGCCUGCAAUUCGCCCCCCGAAGCGGCGCCAGCGGUGCCGCCUGCGUGUCCCCCCCCCAGGCUCAGCCUCACCCGCGGGCUAAUGACUCAGGCGGCGGGGCUCUCCCCUGACUUGCCUGGGGCCCGGCUGAACGGGCUCGCGCGUCUCCCCGUCCUGACCAGCAGCCAAUGGGAAGUCUCCCCGGCCUCCCACACCCACUCCGGCUCCUUGGCGCCCUGGGGACCGCGUGGCGUCAGCCCGCGCCCCAACCAACCAGCGCCCGCCGCACCCCGCGCCCGCCGGCCUCUCCCCUCCCCCCCCCCAGCCCUGCCUUUAAGAGCCCGCGAGCCGGAGCCGCGCGCCGCAGCUAGGGCGGCGCAGGUACUGGAGCGGGCUCGGCUGCGCGCUGCCCGGGGCCGCCGCCGCCGCCAGUCGUGCUCGGAGGAGGGAGUGGACAGCGCCUGGUCCCAGCCGCCCCGGAGAGCUCCGCGCUGGGGCUGAGCUACCACCCGGUCCCCCAAGUGGUCCCCACCCCCUUCCCCGCAGCUUUAAGGGCUCGUUGCCCUCGGGGGCUCUGUGCCCCGGGAGCCGGCAUGCUGGCUCUCCUGGCGGGGCUGCUGCUCUCCCUCGCCUCCGGGGCCAGCUGGCGGGGAGUGAGGGGCCAGGAGAGCCCCCCGGGGAGCCGCUUCGUGUGCACCUCCCUGCCGCUGGACGCUGCCCCCUCGGGCUGCCCGCUGCCCCCUGUCCCCAUGCAGGGGGACGCCCUCCCUUCCGAGGAGGAGCUGAAAGCCACCGUGCUGCAGCUGCGGGAGACCAUCCUGCAGCAGAAGCAGACCAUCGGCAACCAGCGGGAGACCAUCCGGGAGCUGACCAGCAAGCUGAGCCGCUGCGAGAGCUUCCCCGGCCCCGACGGCAAGCCCGGGACUGAAGGGUGGAGGAAAGAGUUUGCCAAAGGCAAAGACACCAUGGGGGACCUGCCCCGGGACCCCACCCAGGUCAUCGACCAGCUGAGCCGGACCAUGCAGACGCUGAAGGACCGGCUAGAGAACCUGGAGCACCAACUCCGAGCCAAUGUGUCAUAUGCAGCCCUGCCUAAUGAGCUUCGAGAGAUGCUUCAAAGGAGGCUUGGAGAUCUAGAGCGCCAGCUUUUAAGCAAAGUGGCUGAACUUGAGGAUGAGAAAUCCCUGCUUCAUAAUGAAACUUCAGCCCAUCGGCAAAAGACAGAAACAGCCCUGAGUGCAUUGCUAGAAAGAGUUUCUGAAUUGGAAAAAGGAAGCAGUGCUUUUAAAUCACCAGACGAAUUCAAGGUUGGUCUCCCUCUUCGCACAAAUUAUUUAUAUGGGAAGAUCAAGAAGACUCUGCCAGAGUUAUAUGCCUUCACUGUGUGCUUGUGGCUGAGGUCAAGUGCUUCUCCUGGAAUUGGAACACCAUUCUCCUAUGCUGUCCCUGGGCAGGCUAACGAAAUUGUGCUGAUAGAAUGGGGGAAUAAUCCAAUCGAAUUACUAAUUAAUGACAAGGUUGCCCAGCUCCCUCUCUUUAUUAGUGAUGGAAAGUGGCAUCAUAUCUGUGUCACGUGGACAACUAGAGAUGGAAUGUGGGAGGCUUUUCAGGAUGGAGAGAAACUCGGCACUGGGGAAAAUUUAGCCCCUUGGCAUCCAAUUAAACCUGGAGGGGUCCUGAUUUUGGGUCAGGAGCAGGACACCGUUGGAGGAAGAUUUGAUGCAACUCAAGCCUUUGUUGGGGAAAUGAGCCAGUUCAAUAUCUGGGACAGGGUCUUAAAAGCAGAAGAUAUCAUGAAUAUUGCUAACUGCUCUACCAACAUGCCUGGCAACAUCAUACCCUGGGUUGAUAACAAUGUUGAUGUAUUUGGAGGUGCAACUAAAUGGCCCGUGGAGACAUGUGAAGAGCGUUUGCUAGAUUUAUAGCUACAAUCAUUUUUCUAUUUAAGUGCCCCAUUUUAUUAGGACAAUUCUUGUCAGGUCUGUCGCACUUAUUUCCCUACCAAAUGAAUUGCAGGGGGGAAACUGCUUGGGGACAAAUAAAGCUGGUAGUUCUUGGCAUGAAUCCUGAAGAUGAAAGAGGCUCAGAUAGCUGUUGUCUUAAGGCGGAUCCAAAGAUACCUAUUGAAUUCAAUGGACUUUGGAUCAGGUUCUUGCUUGGUACAUUAAUUCUUCUAGGGGAAUCUCUUUUGCAAAUGUUACCUAUAUCAAGUGGCAAAUUGCUUCUCUCGGAUAACAGGCAAAAUGUACACCUUGGUAUUGAAUCUUCCCCCCCUACCUGUAUUCAACACUUUCUUUUAAAACCUUUUUAAAGAAAUGAGGUAAUCCUUAUACUACAUUUACCACAUCUUAACUCAACACACCUGAGAACUGCAGAGAGCCACAACAACAGAGUAGCCACUACCCGCAUUACAGAAGGUAAUUGCUCUACAAUUUAGACAAGUUAGAAUCCUUGUCUUGUGGUAUGUCAUGACCGAAACACUUUGCUUCCUUCCCCGGAUCUGAAGAAGAGCUCUGUGUAGCUCACAAGUUUGUACCUUCUUCCAACAGAAGUUGGUCCAAUAAAAGAUGACCCCCCACCCCAUCUUGUUCUCUUUUAGAUCAUGAGAGACUAUAUAAUAUAAUGCAAAUGCUAUUCCACUCCAAAUUCAGAGACUGGGCUAGAUACUCAGCUGAUAUAAAUCAGCGUGGCUCUAUGAAAUCAAUGGAGCUAUGCUGAUUUACAUCAAUUUAUACUAGCUGACGUUCUGGCCCCCAGUCUGCAUGUGUUCCCUCUGCCCCACCCCACUCCCAUCAAUAAGGUGAUGGUUGAAUGACUGUACUUGUAUUUUAUGUAGGUUAAUGAGUAUGCUGCAUUUCUCUCUGAAUUCAAUCACUAGUCUGUUUUUAUUUUCUAAAUACAUAUAAAAUAUUUCUAAGUGAAUUUCAGUUUUGUUUUACUCUGAAAGGCCUUUUUAUAAGCAAGUGCCAAAGUUCAGUUUCCAUUUGCUGAGAAUCACUAAUAUAUUUUUCCAACAUAAGUCUCUAUUGCAGACACUUCCUGUGUUAUGAUGGUCCUGUGUGCUAUGUUGGCUUUCAAUGUUGACCUAAUGGGUUGGCUUUCAAUUCUUGUUAAUUGUCAUGACUUCUGUAAGCAUUGAGCUGACUUUAUAAAGUAUAUUUUAUUAUGCUUUUUUCUUAAUACUUUGGAGACAGAGUUGCAUUUUCUUGGUAUUAGUGACUCUUUGGUUUGUGGCUUGCAGAUAGCAUAUGUACUGUACCAGAAAGAGUUAAUACUUAUUGAUUUAAAGAAAAGUGAUUUUUAAAAGAGGAAAUUUAUAAAGUUAAAUAUCAUAUUUUAUUUUUCAUGUUUUGAAUAGUAAGAAUCUCUAUAGUGACAGUUCUAUUUGUUGGAUAAAGUUACAUAAUCCCACUAAUGUAGUAUGAUCUUAAAGGAAAAAUUCAUACAACUUUUAAUUAAAAAAUGCACUGCAAAAUCA